CCAAUCAAACAUAACCCUACUUCGGUCGUUACUGCUGUUUUUGAAUUUUCUGUGAUAUCUCAUUAAAAAUGUUUCCCACGAGUACUCAAGCCAAACACUGGAUGUACAGUAGCGAAGAAGAAUUAAACGAACUCAGGGAAAAAACGAAUCUGAAACAUAUUCAAGUAUACGGAAGAAAUGUUAAUGAUAGCAAUAAGUAUGAAUAUUAUUUAACCCCUGAAGAAGAGAAAAUAAUGCUUAAACACUACGAGUUGAGGUUAAGAGACUUCUGUAAGCGAUUUCAACCUCCGAUGCCAAGAUGUGUUAUUGGGACUUCAUUCCACUACUUCAAAAGAUUCUACAUUCAUAAUUCUGUUAUGAAUUAUCACCCUAAAGAAGUUAUGGUUACAUGUAUUUAUUUAGCUUGUAAGGUAGAAGAAUUUAAUGUAACCAUACAGCAAUUCGUUGCUAAUAUUAAAGGAGACAGGGAAAAAGCCACAGAUAUUAUUUUGAAUAACGAAUUGUUGCUAAUGGAACAACUUAAUUUCCAUUUGUGUAUACACAACCCGUUUAGGCCAGUAGAAGGAUUAUUAAUCGAUAUAAAGACUCGCAGCACUCUAAAUGACCCGGAAAGGCUUCGGCCAGGAACAGAGCAGUUUUUAGAGAGAGCCCUAUUAACUGACUGUAUUUUAUUGUACUCUCCAAGUCAGCUGGCUUUAGCGGCCGUUUUGCAUGCUGCUUCCAAAAUCCACGAAAAUUUGGAUUCUUAUGUGACUGAUACACUGUUUGGGGAGGAGGGAAGAGCUAAAUUGAUGGAGUUAAUUAGUGCUGUAAAAGCUAUAAGGUCAAUUGUAAAAAUGGUGGACAACCCUGUUGAUAAAAAUCAACAAAAAAUGUUGGACAAAAAAUUGGAUAGGUGCAGAAAUCCUGAGUAUAAUCCAGAUAGUGAAAUAUACAAGAAGAGACUUCAAGCUAUGCUUGAGGAUGAUGAUGACUUAUAUCAGGCAAUAACAUCUAAUGUUGAUGAAUUUAAUAGUUCAGCUUUAAACAUGUCAAUAACAUCACCAUAAUUUUCUUUACUAAAUUAUUUUUUUCAGGUUUAUUUUAAACGAAUCCAUUUAAUAAAAUAAAUACUUUUUGUCAAAAAUUAUUUACUCAUAA